AGAGCGACAUGGCUGCUACGAGGCAACCGCAGGUGGCCGAGCUGCUGGCCGAGGCCCAGCAGGCCUUCCGGGAGGAGUUCGGUACGGAGCCCGAGCUGGCCGUGGCGGCGCCGGGCCGCGUCAACCUCAUCGGGGAGCACACGGACUACAACCAGGGCCUGGUGUUGCCCAUGGCUUUGGAGCUGAUGACUGUGGUGGUUGGCAGCCUGCGGUCAGACAAGCUCGUCUCUCUCCUCACCACUGCUGAGCUGGCCGAUGAGCCCCGGCGGCUGCAGUUCCCCCUGCCCACGGCCCAGCGGUCACUGCAGCCCGGGACGCCCCACUGGGCCAACUACGUCAAGGGGGUGAUUCAACACUACCCAGCUGGCCCCCUCCCAGGCUUCAAUGCGGUUGUGGUCAGCUCCGUGCCCCUGGGGGGUGGGCUCUCCAGCUCGGCGUCCCUGGAAGUGGCUAUAUAUACCUUCCUCCACCAGCUCUGCACAGACUCUCAAGAAUUAGCUGCCCAAGCCCAGGUGUGUCAGCAGGCCGAGCACAGCUUCGCAGGGGUGCCCUGUGGCAUCAUGGACCAGCUCAUCGCUCUGCUGGGGCAGAAGGGUCACGCAUUGCUCAUCGACUGCAGGUCCCUGGAGACAAGCCUGGUGCCACUCUCGGACCCCAAGCUGACCGUGCUCAUCACCAACUCCAACGUCCGCCACUCGCUGGGCUCCACCGAGUACCCUCUUCGGCGGCGCCAGUGCGAGGAGGUGGCGCAGGCCCUGGGCAAGGAGAGCCUCCGAGAGGUGCAGCUGGAGGAGCUGGAAGCUGGCAAAGAGCUGGUCAGCAAGGAGGGCUUCCGGCGGGCACGGCACGUCGUGGGGGAGAUCCGGCGCACGGCCCAGGCUGCCGACGCCCUGAACCGCGGGGACUACCGUGCCUUUGGCCGGCUCAUGGUAGAGAGUCACUACUCGCUCAGGGAUGACUACGAGGUGAGCUGCCCCGAGCUGGACCAGCUGGUGGAGGCCGCGCUGUCUGUGCCCGGGGUUUAUGGCAGCCGCAUGACAGGCGGUGGCUUUGGCGGGUGCACGGUGACACUGCUGGAGGCCUCUGCUGCAGCUCGAGCCAUGAAGCAGAUCCAGGAGCAGUACAGCGGGAAGGCCACCUUCUACCUCUCCCAGGCCGCUAACGGUGCCUCGGUGCUGCCCCUGUGAGGGGCUGCUGGUCAGCUCGGGGCCUUGGUGCCUGCCCACCACAUCUGGGUGCUCAAUAAACUUGUGCCUCUAUUGUC